AUGACAGAAUUUUAUUCCGAGAGAAUUGGUCUGCCAAAGACAGAUCCACGUCUUUGGAGAUUAAGAACUGAUGAGUUGGGACGAGAAAGUUGGGAAUACUUAACUCCUGAACAAGCGGCCAAUGAGCCGCCCUCUACUUUCACACAAUGGCUUCUUCAAGACCCUAACUUUUCUCAGCCUCAGCCAGGAAGAAAUAAGCAUUCACCAGACUUUUCGGCUUUCGAUGCAUGUCAUAACGGUGCUUCUUUUUUCCAACUUUUACAAGACCCCAAGUCGGGCAUCUUUCCAUGCCAAUAUAAGGGGCCCAUGUUCUUGACAAUCGGUUAUGUUGCCGUAAAUUAUAUCGCCGGCGUCCAAAUUCCUGAACAUGAAAGAAUAGAGAUCAUCAGAUACAUCGUUAACACAGCACAUCCGGUCGAUGGUGGUUGGGGAUUACACUCCGUCGACAAGUCCACCGUUUUUGGAACUGUAUUGAAUUAUGUUAUCUUACGUCUGUUGGGGCUGCCCAAAGACCAUCCUGUUUGUACUAAGGCAAGAGGUACUUUAUUAAGAUUGGGUGGUGCUAUUGGCUCUCCACACUGGGGAAAAAUUUGGUUGAGCGCAUUAAAUCUGUAUAAAUGGGAAGGUGUGAACCCCGCCCCUCCUGAAACUUGGUUACUUCCAUAUUCACUGCCCAUGCAUCCAGGAAGAUGGUGGGUGCAUACUAGAGGAGUUUAUAUUCCAGUCAGUUAUUUGUCAUUAGUAAAAUUCAGUUGCCCCAUGACUCCUCUUCUUGAAGAAAUAAGGAAAGAAAUUUAUACCAAACCAUUCGAUAAGAUUGACUUUUCUAAUCAUAGAAACACUGUAUGCGGGGUGGAUUUGUAUUAUCCACAUUCUAGGACUCUGGAUAUUGCAAAUAAUUUCGUUGUAUUUUACGAAAAAUACCUGAGAAAUAGAUUCAUUUACUCCCUAUCUAAGAGAAAAGUUUAUGAUUUGAUCAAAACCGAAAUUGAGAACACAGAUUCUUUAUGUAUAGCCCCUGUUAAUCAAGCAUUUUGCGCUCUUGUUACUUUUAUUGAGGAAGGCGUAGAUUCUCAAGCGUUCAAAAAAUUUCAGUAUAGAUUCAAAGAUGCAUUGUUCCAUGGUCCACAAGGUAUGACCAUCAUGGGAACCAACGGUGUGCAAACUUGGGACUGUGCGUUUGCCAUUCAAUAUUUUUUCAUUGCUGGUCUAGCAGAAAGACCUGAGUUUUACAAUACAAUUGUCUCUGCCUAUAAAUUUUUGUGUCGUGCUCAAUUUGACACUGAAUGUGUCCCUGGUAGUUUUAGGGAAAAAAGAAAAGGUUCCUGGGGGUUCUCGACAAAGACACAAGGUUAUACGGUUGCUGAUUGUACUGCAGAAUCAAUUAAGGCAAUUAUCAUGGUGAAAAACUCUCCUGUCUUUAGUGAAGUACAUCAUCUAAUAACUAGUGAACGUUUGUUUGAAGGUAUUGAUGUAUUAUUGAGCUUACAAAACGUUGGGUCUUUCGAGUAUGGCUCCUUCGCUACCUAUGAAAAAAUCAAAGCGCCAUUAGCGAUGGAGAUUUUGAAUCCAGCUGAAGUUUUCGGUAACAUAAUGGUAGAAUACCCAUACGUGGAAUGUACUGAUUCGUCCGUUCUUGGGCUGACCUACUUUCAUAAAUUCUUUGACUAUAAAAAGGAGGAAAUACGUAGGCGCAUCAGAAUUGCUAUUGAGUACAUUAAGAGAGCUCAAUCACCAGACGGAAGUUGGUACGGAAGUUGGGGUAUCUGUUUCACCUAUGCCGGGAUGUUUGCCAUGGAAGCGCUGCACACUGUGGGAGAAAACUAUGAAAAUUCCUCCACUGUUAGAAAAGGUUGUGACUUCUUGGUGAGUAAACAGAUGAAGGACGGUGGCUGGGGUGAAUCGAUGAAGUCUAGUGAGUUGCACAGUUAUGUGGAUAGUGGAAAAUCGCUAGUUGUUCAAAGUGCAUGGGCACUAAUCGCACUUUUUUUUGCUGAAUAUCCGAACAAAGAGGUCAUUGAUCGUGGUAUUGAGCUUUUAAAAAAUAGACAAGAAGAAUCCGGGGAAUGGAAGUUUGAGAGUGUAGAGGGUGUUUUUAACCAUUCCUGUGCAAUUGAAUACCCAAGUUAUAGAUUUUUGUUUCCCAUCAAGGCAUUAGGUAUGUAUGCCAAGGCAUAUGAACAACCCGGGCUUUGA